AUGGAGAGUAGGGGGGACCAGGAGCCUCGGGGGGCUGAGCCUGAGGCCCCCCACCAACCCCCUUCCUCAGCCAGCACUGCUGCUCCCAGCCCCUCAGCCCUGCCUCCUUCAACCCCCCGGGUCCGGCCCCGCCUGGUCUUCCACACCCAGCUGGCCCACGGCAGCCCCACGGGGAAGAUCGAAGGCUUCACUAACGUCAAGGAACUGUAUGCCAAGAUUGCUGAGGUCUUCAGCAUCUCGCCCACGGAAAUCUUGUUUUGCACUCUUAACAGCCACAAAGUAGACAUGCAAAAAUUGCUGGGGGGCCAGAUCGGUCUGGAAGACUUCAUUUUUGCCCACGUCCGGGGAGAGACCAAGGAGGUGGAAGUGACCAAGACAGAGGAUGCGUUGGGCCUCACUAUCACAGACAAUGGGGCCGGCUACGCCUUCAUCAAGAGGAUCAAGGAGGGGAGUAUCAUCAACCGGAUUGCAGCAGUAUGCGUGGGCGACAGCAUCGAGGCCAUCAACGACCAGACCAUCGUCGGCUACCGCCACUACGAAGUGGCCAAGAUGUUGCGUGAGCUGCCCAAGGCCCAGCCCUUUACCCUGCGGCUCGUGCAGCCCAAACGGGCCUUUGAUAUGAUCAGCCAGAGGACCAAGAGCAGCAAGUGUCCCGGGGAGGGGAAAGUGGUGAGCGGGCGGGAGACCCUGCGUCUGCGGACCCGGGGGUCAGCCACGGUGGAGGAAGUGCCCAGUGAGUUUGAAGAAGCAGCAACCAAGACGGUGGAUGAUCUUCUAGAGAGCUACAUGGGCAUCAGGGAUGUGGAGCUGGCCUCAACCUUGGUGGAAACUUCCAAAGAGAAGCGGAGCCCUCAGGAGUUUGCCCGUGGAUUGGACUCGGUGCUGGGCGAGUUUGCUUUCCCCGAUGAGUUUGUGGUAGAGGUGUGGGCGGCCAUCUGCAAAGCCAAGGAAGCCUGCAACUAGCAGGCAGGGUCCUCUUCCCCCCUCCCAGAUGCUCCAGGGACAUGCCCUGUGAACCUGUGAGGUGGGGGAUUGGCUCUCUGGGAGGGGGGCUGCUCCCCCUGCGCCUCCACCCCCCCCACCACCCCCGGACAGU